ACGCUCGCUUGUAUCGAUUAUUUCCAGUCAUAGCUUUCCCCUCCUUUCUUUUGGUGUCUCCCAUUGACUUCUCACAACACCGCCUGACCCCUGAUAAUAACAUGCAUCGAAUCCAAGCACUAGGGCAUGCCUUUUGUCGCCCCAGUGGCCCUGAAUACCCAGAAGAUGUGCCCCCACCACCAGACGGAGGCCUACAAGCAUGGACCCAAGUCCUCUGCACUCAUCUCGUGUUCUUCAACUCCUGGGGCAUCAGCAACAGCUUCUCAGUCUUCCAGCAACUCUACACCCAAACCCUACCGCAGUCAGCCUCCACCAUCUCCUGGAUCGGGAGCGUCCAAGUCUCCCUUCUGUUCUUCACAGGCGUCUUUGCCGGUCGUGCCACGAACUCGGGCUAUUUUCGUCAGACAUACUCGCUCGGGAUGUUCCUUCAGCUCUUGGGAUUCUUUAUGCUUUCUCUAGCCAAGACCUAUUGGCAGAUCUUUCUCUCUCAGGCCGUAUGCAUGGGACUAGGGAAUGGCUUGACUUUUAGCCCAGGACUCGCGGUCAUGUCUUCUUAUUUUAUGGAAAAGCGCGCCUUUGCUGUUGGGCUGGCGGCCACUGGCGCAGCAACAGGGGGAUUGGUAUACUCGGUUCUGGUGAACCAGCUGUUAUAUAGCCACGAUGUUGGCUUUGCGUGGACAAUCCGUGCGGCAGGAUUUCUAAUGCUGGCUACACAUAUGGUUGGAUUGAUUUUCUUCAAGCCUCGUCUUCCGCCCCGGACGACCGGUCCUCUUAUAGAAUGGGGUGCCUUUUCCGAAGCCCCGUUCCUCUUUUUCACAGCCAGCAUCUUUCUUAAUUUCUGGGGUCUCUAUUUUGCGUUUUUCUACCUGGGCAGCUUCGCCCGGGAUCGCCUUGGUCUGACAGAUACCCAGAAUCUUAUCCUCGUUCUGAACGGUGUUGGUAUCGUGGGCCGCAUCGGGCCAAGUAUAAUCGGUGACCGGUGGACCGGCAAGCUGAACAUCCUGAUCCCCCUCAGCUUUGCCUCGGCGAUCGUCAUACUGUGCUGGAUCGCGGUAAGCUCCGUCGGUGGCCUAUACGCCUUCACCGUUGUGUACGGCCUGGUGGGCGGCGCAGCACAGUCCCUGUUUCCGGCAACCGCCACUACCAUGACCCCGGAUAUCAAGCGAACAGGCACACGACUCGGAAUGAUCCUAAGUAUCGUGGGGUUUGCCACAUUGACGGGACCCGCGAUUGAGGGGGCUUUGAUUUCGCGGGAUAGUGGACGGUAUAUAGGCGCGCAGCUCUUCGCGGGCGUCUGUAUCAUACUGGGUGCAUUUGCUGCUGUAGCGGUGCGGGUGGUCAAAGUCGGCUGG